CGGCUCUUCUUCGGUGUUUUCGGGGCUUGGGGGCGCGGGGAGUGUUUUUUGGCGGGGAAGUCGCUUGGCAGCAACUUUCUCUUUUUCAACGGGCGGAGGCGCCUUUGCGCCGUUGGGGAACCGUUUCGAAUUCGGCCUCCGGCGCGGACGGUAAAACCGUUGGUCUCGGUGCGGUUUUCUCCGCUGCGCAACAGGGAGGAUAGUUGGCGCCCUCGCUUUUCCGGGAGGGUUGGGAGGGCUCCGUACACUGAAUUGAGGAGAGGAUCUGAGGGAGCCUGUAGGCCGUGGAGGCCUCACCUGCUCCCCCGUCAGGAGGCGGCGUUUCCUCAGCUCUCGCCGGUGUUUCUUCACAGCCUCAUGGAUCCCGAGAGGGAGAGGACCGGGAGGCACCUCAAGAAGGGCAGAAAGAGGAGGCGGGCCGCGAACACGCUGGUCGGGGCGGCUGAGGCGAUGAGAGCCCGUUGGACCCUGGAGGAGAGGCAGCCUGAGGCCAAGAAAGCCCGCUUAUCUACCAUUUUAUUUGCUGAAAACUGUGAAGUGACCCACGAUCAGUUAUGUGAAUUGCUGAAGUAUGCAGUUCUGGGCAAAUCCAGUGUUCCUAAACCCAGCUGGUGCCAACUUUUCCACCAAAACCACCUGAACAACGUGGUGGUUUUUGUACUGCAGGGAAUGAGCCAGCUACACUUUUACAGGUUCUAUUUGGAAUUUGGAUUUCUCCGAAAGUCAUUCAGACACAAAUUCCGCUUGCCACCACCAUCAUCUAAUUUCCUAGCUGAUAUCAUUGGACUGCAAAAGAAACAAGUAACGGGGGAUCUAUCCAAGAUGGUGGAAGGGUCUUUACCUUCUGCCAGUUCAAAAGUCAGCAUCAACCUGCAGAAUGACCCUAUUAUUCAAAAGUAUGGCUCUAAGAAAGUGGGCUUAACCAGAUGCCUUCUCACAAAGGAGGAAAUGAAAACAUUUCACUUUCCAUUACAGGGUUUUCCUGACUGUGAAAACUUUGUACCUACCAAAUGUAAUGGUUCUAUAACAGACAACAGUCCUCUCUUUGGACUUGACUGUGAAAUGUGCCUCACAUCCAAGGGGAGAGAGCUAACACGCAUCUCACUGGUUGCUGAAGGAGGCUGCUGUGUUAUGGAUGAACUCGUUAAACCUGACAACAAGAUUAUGGACUACCUUACCAGCUUUUCAGGAGUUUCCAAACAAUGCUUCCAGUGCCAUCAAGUUCCUGCCUCAUUCAGACUUUGCUGUUCUCUGCAGGUUCUUGAGCAGGCCAGAGUGGAAAUCCCCCUGUUUCCCUUCAGCAUUGUCCAGUUCUCUUUUGAACCCUUUUCACCCAACCUCACUGAGGAGAUGAACAAGAGGAUGAGAAUCAAGUGGACAGAGAUGUCAACUGUUUAUGCUGGGCCAUUUAGCAAAAAUUGCAACCUCAGGGCUCUGAAAAGGCUGUUUAAGAGCUUUGGCCCAAUCCGGUCAAUGACUCUUGUUCUUGAAACCCAUCAGCCACAUCUCUGUAUACAAUAUGAAGUCCUGGAAGCUGCCCAGCUGGCCAUAGAAUCCUUGGAUGGCAUUCUGGUAGAAGGUGCCUGCAUUAAGGUGCAGAGGCCUGUGACAGAGCUCACCCUUGAUUGUAACACUCUUGUGAAUGAGCUAGAACAAGAUUCUGAGAACCGAGGUACUAUAUACCUGUCUGGAGUGAGCGAAACCUUUAAAGAACACCUAUUGCAGCAGUCCAACCUCUUCCUUGGCCUGGAAGCUGUCAUCUUGCCUAAAGAUCUUAAAAGUGGAAAGCAAAAAAGAUACUGUUUCCUGAAAUUCAAAACUUUUGGCAGUGCCCAAAGGGCCCUCAACAUUCUCAAAGGCAAGCACUGGAAGCUGAAAGGCCGGCAUGCCCUAACCCCCAGGCAUCUCCAUGCUUGGCUCAGGGGCUUACCUCCUGAAUCAAGAAGGCCCCCAGGGGUUCGUGUCAUACCUCCCCCCUCCGAGCAGCAAGCCUUACAGGCUCUGAAGGUGGACCACCCAAAGAUAGCAGCCUGGCGCUGGGGCCGGAAGAUAGGAAAGCUCUACCACAGCCUGGGCCCAGGCACCCUCUGCCUCAUCUUGCUGCCAGGAACCAAGAGCACUCAUGGAUCAUUCUCUGGCCUAGGACUGAUGGGAAUAAAAGAUGAAGAGGAAAGCACCACCCCAAACAUGUGUUCGUGAGUCUGACCAUCAUUUUCCAUGUGCUGUUUCUUAUCCCUCGUGGGCAGUGGCAGAGAAUGUGGUCAGGCUAUAGCCUUUCUAUCUAGCAGACAGCUUUUGUGGAAAUGAUGUACCACUUAAGAAGUUCGGUCCAUUUAUAUGGCAUGUACAAAUGUUCAAUAAAUGCCUAAAAUUCAAGCAUCCUCAUCUUAAGACAGGGUGAGAAGGAAA